UCUCUUUACCUCUUUCCUCUUUUUGAAACACACACACACACACACCUUACAUAUUAAUUAUACUCAUUUUACCACAUAGCCAAAUCGUACAAACGCAAGACAACAACUACAGCCAUGGCCAAAAGUAAAACGAAACAGACAUUACCAUUACAUAAAGUCAUCAUGGUCGGUUCUGGCGGUGUUGGUAAAUCAGCUUUGACCUUGCAGUACAUGUAUGGCGAUUUCGUAGAAGAAUACGAUCCAACCAAAGCCGAUUCAUAUCGAAAGAAAGUUGUGCUCGAUAACCAAGAGUGCCAGAUUGAUAUUCUCGACACUGCUGGCCAAGAAGAAUACGCUGCUAUUCGUGAUAACUAUUAUCGAUCGGGCGAAGGCUUCUUGUGUGUAUUUUCGGUGUGUGAACAUGAGUCUUUGGAACAUACACAGGAAUUCCGUGACCAGAUUCUUCGUGUGCUCGAUGAUGAGACGGUACCAUUCAUUCUUGUUGGCAACAAAGUCGAUUUGGCACAUUUAAGAAAGGUCGAAAACAGCGAAGCAUCGGCCUUGGCGAACGAAUGGCGUUGCCCCUACAUCGAAACAUCCGCCAAGACACGACAGAACGUCGAGCAGGUUUAUACUAUCUUGAUGCGCCAGAUCCGUGAUAGAAAACUUAGACAACAAAAUUCGAGCAGCCCUGACAAGGACUCUUGUUGCGUUAUUCUUUAAAAGCAUGUUUUCUAUAUUGAUGCAUAUGUACGUGUGUGCGUGCGUGUGUACCAGUAGAAAUGCCGCCAAUCGUUCUCUAUGUCUUUCUUCUUUCUUAUCUUACCCUUUGAUCAAUCUCUAGUAAUUAUAUUUCAUCUGCUACACUCGCGUCUUACCUAUCCAAUUCCAUAUUCCUCUUCUUCCUCCUUCU